AAAAAUGCUCCCCUGCUGUAUUUCUCAAGAAAGAAAAAACUGCUCUGCAUCUGCAGCCGACGGGGGCGGCGGCGGACGCCAGAUGGCACCUGCAGGCUGCUCGCCAAGUGGUGGCGGCAGCGCGGCAAGCAAGCAAGCAGCCUACGCCGGCGGCCGGUCCCAGGACCUCUAGGCGACGGCCGUAUUCCUCCUCUGUCGUCGCCACUUCCAAGUUGCAAGGCUUCGUCGGUAUGGGGAACCUAGCUGAGAGCAUCGCAUGUGGCGUGGCGGCGUCGGGUGUCCUCUCGGCCUCCGCCAUCCGCACCACGGUCCACCGCCACCCUGAGCGCUGCGCCGCCUUCGCCUCCCUUGGCGCCACCAUCCUCGCCUCCAACGCCCAGGUUGUCGAGGACAGUGAUGUGAUCGUCAUCUCUAUCAAGCCUCAGAUUGUGAAGAAGGUUCUGGUUGAGCUCAAGCCCUUGCUGUCUGAAGAAAAGCUUCUGGUGUCCAUUACUGCUGCUAUUAAAAAUGAAAGAUUUACAGUGGCAUGGAAAAGGGGGUUUCCUCUCUGGCCGCCUAAAAAGCAUGUUGCUUGGGCAGACGUCUGCUCGGCCUUAGAUCCGUCUCCUCGAUGAGUACGCCGUGCCCAUGGUGAUUCUCAAAAGAAAGGAUUCCUCGGCGGACAGGACAUGUGAAUGCUUUUGACUUCUGACUUUAGAGGCGAGCGGCGGUAGGCGCGCCGCUUGCCUCAUCUUUGGUAAGACAGACUUGGCUAGGGCCUUCCACUACUCAUUGUCGUCGGAGAUGUUAACGAUCUCCGUGCCGGGCUCCGGGUAGAUGGUCACCUGCUGCAACUCUGGCUCCUCCUCCUCUAGAUUGGCGAACAUUUCGUUGAUCUCCAUUUGUCGCUGGCGGAGGAAGCAUCGGUUGGCCUCCACCUCCACCUCUGAUUGGAUGCAAGGACGGCUUGUUGCUCCGCUUUGGACACCUCGAGCAUACCGAAGCCCACAGCCGGAUCCGCCUCCUCCUCCUCCUCCGACUCUGCAUCUGCCGUGGCCGCGUCCACUUCGUCCACCUCCUCCUCCGGCUUCGGCGAGUCCGAAGUUAGGCCUGCAAUGUUCUGAGCUUCGCGCCUAG